AAAGUCUAACUUCCGGGCUGAGGUUGUUGAUUUAUCUGUCGCUGUGAACUGUCAGGUGUCGAUAACGGUGAAAGUCACAAGACCUGUUCGUGUUGUAUUGUUUUUAUUUGUAUGAACAGUGUGUUUAUUACAUGUAGUACAAAACGGACCGCUCUUACUGUAAAUAUAUUUGGAUUUAAAAGGUUGUUUUACUGUUUAAAAACUCCCGGACCGGUGUGACUGAAGUGAUGCAACAUGGCAGCAACUCCCCUCACUAGGUGUUUUCUCUUGGCACUUGGGAGACACAGUCGGUGUCAGAGCCGUGGACUUAACUCUGUGGCAGAGAGGACAGUCAGCAGGGUGUCCUCUGUUGUGAUAUGUGACCACAGCGGAGCAGAGAGGAACACAAGCCUGGAUAAAGGACCCCCGGUGGAGGAGUGGGACAGACAGGGUGGUCGGGACAGCAGCAGGAGCUCCUCUCUGAUCAAGUCAGUGUCGGUGGGUUUGGGACUGUGCGGUGCGGUGCUGCUGGACAGCCAGAAGGAUGACAAAGUGAAGGACGGAAGUGUCUCCAUAUCCGGGCGGAUUCGUGAACUCAUCCUCCCCACAGCUCAGUGUGCCUCUCCCUAUAAACCCGACAGCCCCCGCUACAGAUAUAACUUUAUUGCAGAUGUGGUGGAAAAGUCCACUCCAGCUGUGGUGUACAUUGAAAUCGUGGUCAGAAACCCAUUUUCAGGAAGAGAAGUCCCGCUGUCAAAUGGCUCUGGUUUCAUCAUCAGCAGUGACGGCCUCAUCGUCACCAAUGCUCAUGUUGUGGCCAACAAGAGAGGCGUCCGCGUGAAGCUCAACAACGGAGACACGUACAACGCCACUGUGCAGGAUGUUGAUCAGGCGGCAGACAUUGCCACCAUCAAAAUCACUUCAAGGAAUCCUUUACCCACGCUCACCCUCGGUCGGUCGUCUGAUGUUCGACAAGGAGAGUUUGUGGUCGCCAUGGGAAGCCCGUUUGCUCUACGCAACACAAUCACGUCAGGAAUCGUCAGCUCGGUGCAGAGAGGCAGUAAGGAGCUGGGACUAUCUAAGACCGACAUGGACUACAUCCAGACUGACGCAGCCAUUGAUUUUGGGAAUUCUGGAGGCCCCCUGAUUAACUUGGACGGUGAAGUCAUCGGUAUAAACACCAUGAAGGUCACCGCAGGGAUCUCAUUUGCUAUUCCGUCCGAUCGCCUGAGGCUGUUUCUCGAUCAGGCAGCAAACAAAAAGAAUUCUUGGUUUGGUGAGUCAGAGGCGAAGCGGCGGUACAUUGGUGUGAUGAUGCUGACGCUGACGCCGAGCAUCAUCGCAGAGUUGAAGCUGAGGGAUCCAUCCUUCCCUGACGUGACGCAUGGCAUCCUGAUUCACAGAGUGAUCAUGGGCUCCCCGGCCAACAGAGCUGGCAUGCUCCCAGGAGACAUCGUGCUGGAGAUGAACGGAGUGAAGGUGAACACGUCAGAGGAGAUCUACCAGGCCGUUCGCAGCAGCGACAAAAUCACCAUGAUGGUGCAGAGAGGAAACGAGUUGCUUCGGCUGCAAAUGACUCCAGAGUACACAGAGUGACAAUAACUGCACGAUUUAGCUUUGUCAUGCUAACCUGAAGGAGGGAUGGCCUCAUGAUUACAUUAUGUUUAAAUGUACAACUUUGAGCUCCAGUAUUUGAAGACUUUUGUUAAAUAAAUUGUUGGUAGGAAAGUCCAGCAAAAAGGCUGCAGUGUCAGUAUGUAUCCCCAAGGUUUAAACUUAUCUGCAUCAGUCUUUCUCUACAUGUCUGAUGGCUGUUAACAACACAAUGGUUUCAGUGUUAUUUCUCAAUUCAAGCUGUGUGAAUGGUCAUGAACCUGACAGCGCCUAAAAACUUAAAACGCAUUAACAGUAGAGUAUUUAUUCCCAGGUUUCUGUGAGUACAAUAAAUGUAUUUUCUACCUCUACAGAAUGCUUCUUCUUACUUUGCAAAGCAGCAAAACUAGUCAUGCGUCAGUGUUUCCACAGCUUGAAGCACAAUGAGCCUCAUUCACCAAUAUAUUCCUGUUUUUUCCUUCAAUUUGUACUUGAGAAAGGUCAACAUCAUAUUCAUGACAUAUUUUUGAACUGCAGAAUUGUUCGCACCCAUGUUCUCAUGACCAUGAAUCCCAUUGUCCUCCUAAAUUGACAGUGUGUCAGUAAAUUGCAGUUGUAUGUCUAUGAACCAGCCAAAUUACAGUUUACAUCCAUACAGUAUGUGUCCAGACUCAUACGUAGCCAUGACAAUGACAGUAGACAGUGCUUCAAAUAUGGAUGCUGCUGGAGAGACGCUACUAAUUCUAAAACACUGAUGCUUCACACACAUCUUCAACCUGACAGCACAGAUCUUUACAAUCAGCACAGUUUCAAGGUGGACACACAAGAUUUGAGUCACCAAUUCAGCAUCUGACUAAAUGUUCCUGAGAACACUAUGAUGUUUAAAUUUGACCUUCAACCUUUUGGACAUAAAAUGUCAUCACUCUGUUGUAUGCUGUUAGACAUUUGUGUGAAAUUGUCAUAAUUAGUGUAUCAAUCCUGAAGUUAUGGUUAAAAACAGUGACCUUUGACCACCAAAAUCUAAUCAGUUCUUUGAGUCCAGGUGGACGUUUGUGCCAAAUUUAAGGAAAUUUACACUACGAGUCACAUUCACCCAUUCAUACACAUUCACACACAGGUGGCCGAGGCUACCGUACAAGGUGCCACCUGCUACUCAGUUUUUAACACACUCACACACCAGUGGAACAGCCAUCAGGAGCAAUUUGGGGUUCAGUAUUUUGCUCAAGGACACUUUGACAUGCAGACUGGAGGAGCCUGGGAUCGAACCACUGGUCUUCCGAUUAGUGGAUGACCCGGACGACCUUCUACUGACGCUAUAUUUAAUAGUAGAAGAUAUAAAAUAACAGAAAAGAACAAUGCAUGGGAUGCUGUUACUUGUUACUCUGUAAAUAGAUCUACAUGGUCCUGGAAGAUGUGUUACCUCCUCAAGGGAUGACCUGCAACAUUUUGUAGCAGCAGUGAAUAUACUAUGUGGGUAGACCUCAGGUCCAGAAAUAGGUCC